GCUGACAGCUGAGAAGCAGGUCCGUCGGGUUUUUGGGUGCACUAUUACACAAGAAAGACACAGCCAGCUCCACCUAAUUUUGCUUCUCUGGCACCCUCCUGCUCAAUGGGACAUUGUCACACUUAACCCAUCUGUGUUCUUUAAAGCAUGGCAGGCUCAUUCCAGCCAGGACAGCUGGGAUAUUUUAGUUCCUGUUUGUAAACACCCUCCGGACCUGAAGAUUCCCCUUAAUCACACCAAAACCAAAGAAGGCUACCAUGCUGACCUCAGCCAAAAUUCUGUUGAUUUCAAUUUUAUUUAGUUUACUACUGUUUGGAAGCCAUGGAGGAGAAGUUCUAGAAAAAAACAGAACACAAAGCAUGGCAAAAGGCUUAAAAACUCUGGAAAAUGAAUCUGUUCCUUUGGAAAGUGAAACAAAUUUAAACUCAGAUAAAGAAGACAAAGAGACCUCCAAUCCCAAGAUAAGAAAUUUCUCUUUUUGGGAUCCAUCAAAUGAAACCCAUGGGACAACAGAUUUCUUUGAUAAUUUGUCAUCAUACAACAUUUCUGGGAGUCCAAGGCCCUCACCCAUGACUCCCGAAAGCCCUCCCUUGAUCCACAGCUUUGUUUCUAAAUUACCUUUGAACUCAUCUGUAACAGCACAUCCCAACAUUACAUCUGCCGUAUCUCCAGAAACGUUCCCUUGGCCUUUGGCUAAUGAUACCGUGAAAACUCUUGACAACAAUUCCAUUACAGUUGGCAUGCUCCCUCCAGCACGAAACACCGCGUCUGUGAAACCCACGACAGGAGCAGAUGGAUGGCUCACAACACCCAGUGACAGUGAUACUCCCUAUCAGGAAACAACUCCACAACCCACUUUAAAAUUUACCAAUAAUUCAAAAAUCUUCCCAAAUACAUCAGAUCCCCAAGAAGAAAAUAGAAAUACAGGAGUAGUAUUUGGGGCCAUUUUGGGUGCUAUCCUGGGAGCUUCAUUGCUUAGUCUUGCUGGCUACUUGUUGUGUGGAAAAAGGAAAACAGAUUCAUUUUCCCAUCGACGACUUUAUGAUGACAGAAACGAACCAGUUCUGCGAUUAGACAAUGCACCGGGCCCUUACGAUGUGAGUUUUGGAAAUUCUAAUUAUUACAACCCAACUGCAAAUGAUUCAUCCUCGCCAGCAGGCCAAGAAAAUGCACAUGAUGGCAUUCCUAUGGAUGACAUACCUCCACUUCACACCUCAGUAUAAAACUAUUGGAUUCAGAUGGCAAAACGUUUGCUUACAUACUGACCUUUCCACAAACCCAUCUUCCUAAAGCUGAAGCAAGAUCACUGUCACGUGGUUAGUGCCAAGGAGAACUAUUAGAGUAUGAGGCUAGAAGCAGAAACCUAGAGAGGAUAAAUCACCCAGGUUUCCUUUCUUACCAUUUUGGUUGUGCUGAAACAUCUAUUGAGUAAUCUGAAUUUGUAUUUUGAUCUUUUUUUCCUCAGUAGGACAUGUUUGUGGAAUCAGAUAAAACUAAAAUAUUUCAUCUUCAUUGCCCUGCCUUAUCAUCUAAUCAAAAAUCUUUCAACAAAAAUAGGAACACAAAAUUACAUUUUCCAUUUUUUUUGUACAAAAAACAGUGGAUUAACUCUUCACUGUCCCUGUUGUUGUCCUAAUGCCUAUUGUCAAGAUUGGCAUUCUCCUGAAGGAAAACUAGAAAUGAUUUUUUUUUUUAAUUUUUACUUAAAGCAAGAAGGAGAGUAUAGCACAGAGCUUCUGUUCCUGUGAAAUUAAGGUAAUGCGAGUAAGAGACCUGUAUUCUAGUACAUUUCACAUUUCUGUAUCAGCCCACACAUGGUCAGCCCCUUGAGUUGCCAAGUUUACAAUGAAUGCAUUUAAGAAGGCCACUGUCGGAAAGCUGACCCUAACCAGGAAAGUAAUCACUUCUCUUCAGAGGGAGAGGAUCCUAGCCCAUCUGAUUUAGUCUGGGCUUCAAUAAUUGCAGGCUCUAAAAACUCAAUGAGAAAACGUGACAACUUUAGCCAAAGCAUAUGCCUAUACAUAACUUUCAAGAUGUUACAUGGGAACAAGAUUUAUUAUGCAUUAAAUAUUGCUUAAUCACAUAUGGGAUAGAUUCUGCAUCUCAAAGAAAUUCUGCGUAAGACUAAAAAGUAGAUGAAUGGAACUAUUAAGCAAAUGAAAAGCUUUCUGAGCAUCAUUUUCACAAGUGUGAAAAUACAGGAAGCUUAAUUUGGGUUCUAGUAUGUGUCAGUUUUUAAUUACCACCUGGUCAUUUUGGGCAGGAAGAAUGUACUCCUUAGUAUAGGAAGAUCAAGGCUUUAGGGAGUAGAGGAUUAUAUUAAGAAUCAAGUUCCCAAAGGAGCAGUGAAUGUGCAAACAAGAGAUUUUAUUGUUGAAUUGAUACACGGGGUGUGCAUGUGUAUGUGUGUGUGAGCACACACCUGUCUGUGUGAAGAAAUAGGGUAACUGUGUCAGAAAAUGGGGGCUAGGAAGAAAGAAGGACAUACUUACCCCAUAUUGCCAUAAAAAUAGCAAAGAAGACUGUCCCUCCAUUAUCAAAUAAAUAUGUCACCUUAAUGGGAAACAAACAAAAACAUUAGUUACCUUGUUGGUUGUAAUAAUCCAGUGAUUACUGUUUGCAUUUAGGUACUAUGCUUUUUUUUCCUCAGCAGAAUCCCAUUAUUUUAUAGUUUAUAAAUAUCAGAUGUGUGAUCUUUUCAUGGAUCUUGCAACUGUUUCACAUGACUUUUUCAUGGGGAGAGAUGAGGGAUCAAAAAUUUCCCCUUUUCUUUCCUCUUUCCUUUUGUUCCCUUUGGAUUCCACCUUCAUUUAUGCUUAGAAGUGGUUCUAGCUCCCAGAAGUGUCUGUGGGCCACAGAUAGUCAAGCUACAGUUGCGAGCUUUAAGAAGUUAGCUUUUCAGUUGAGACAUGCCCAGUUGCACUUCUCGUUAGCAGAAUUACCAGGCCUGGGGAAGGUCAAAAUGCAGAAUACCACCAAUGAACCAGUACUUCCAACAGGAAAGUAUUGCAGUGCUAGUCUUACUCUCUAUACCUUUCAGAAUGUGCCAUGGGUGCAGUAGUGGCUAUUUAAGAGGUAAUGAGUACCAUCGUUAAGUUGUUUGUUAACACAUUUCAUAAAUCACAGAACAUUUAAGAUAGAGUCUAAGUGAUUUUGAUCAGACAUUGCUUGAAAUUUAUAAGAACAAAUGUAUAGCUAUAUGAUGUUAUUGAAUACAAUAUUCAGGGUUGCAAGAUUGUUUGAUUUUUAUAAAAUGUAAGUUCAAUUUGCUUUUGCUUCUUUUCAUUUACAUAAUGUCACUAUCUUUAUAAAUAAGUGAGGGAGAUUAAAACAAUACAGCCAAGGCAAUAUACAUUUGGCAGUCACAAAAAUACCACAGACACUAGAGAAAAUAAGGGCAUUAUCCUCACAGAAGAGACAGGUGUAUUAGGAGUUCAAGAGCUUAGUAAAAGGGAAGUGGAGUAGAAUGGUGUCUUUGCUCAGUCUACAAUCUAGAGGCUGUUCAAUGGGACAUUAAAAUAACACUAAUGUGUAUUUUAACAUCUGGAACACAUUGCAAUAUAAUAUGUAAAACAUAAAGGUAGGAUGUAUUUUCCUAUACUGUAGCUUUAUUAAAAAUGUCAUUAUAUGAAAGAUGUGUUCCUUUUGAAGGUUUAUGGAUAGGUGCAAGAUGUCCUAGAUGGUUCUAAAACUACUGAUUGUUAUAAGGACUGAGAUUUCUAAAAAUGUUGUAAGACUUGGAUUUUACAACAAUCAUUAGUAUAUAUUAUGUACAGGAAAGAAAAGGAUCAGGAAGAAAUUCUCCUACAGAGCUCAUAAAAUUAUUCCCAGCAGUGGAAUCCAGGUUUUUUGUUUCCAAACGCAUCCCACAGAGAGACCCUCUGCUGCCAAGCAGCUGAACAGCUGUCUGCUUCCUUUAUAAACAGACCUAGUAUAGGAAACAGAAGGUUAGAACAGAGACUUUCCACGUGGGGACUUAGAGGUCACCAAGAAAUAAUGACUCUCCCCUGCUCCAGAAGCAGCCUUGCUUUUAGGAAAGUGGCACAUAGAAAGCCAUACUUAGCAACAGUUUUGUUGCAUGGACAUGGUUUGUCACAGUUUAUGCAAUAUUUUCUCUAAAAAUGCUUUCCCUUUUUUUUUCUUGCUGGGUUUGUUUACAAAUCUUUCAGGCAUUAUUUAACUCCAUGCAGUUAAACAUUAACUUUUUAGAAACACAUCCUCAAGACGCAGUGAGGUAAACAUGUAAUAUUCAUGUAAUGUGACAUUACUUACAUGUAGGGGAGAUAAAGCUAGAAUGGGAGUUAGGGAAGACAUCAGAGCUGGCCCUUCGGAGGAACGUAAAUGUAUCAAACAUUGUGUUCAAUCCACUAAACUAUCACUUGUGGGAUGUCUUAUGGGAAACCAUGGAGACAGCAAUUAGAAGCCUGUAAUUAUAGCUUGAGUUGCUAAGGGCUUCAUUUAGGGGGGGCUGAUGUAAGAGCUGCGAAUGAAAAUAGGGGAGAGGGAGAAGUGAUGGUCAAGCACAAUGUGUAUAGCUCAAGGUUAGAGCAUAGGUGACUGUCAGGAAAACAAAGGGGAAGAGGCCUUUGCCUAAGAGGAAAGGAAUAUUGGCUCUAUAAAAGAAAACUCCAGAUGGAAUCUCAAGAAAAUUCCCAAAGCAACAUAAUAGAUUUAUCUAAAAGCCAAAAGAAGCUUGCCCUAUCUACAAACAUAUAUAAGCAAUGAAUUAUUUUAUUAGAAAAAUAGCUUAUCCUUAUGUAUAGAGGGACUAGUGGACAAGCAUUUUAUUCAACAAUGUUAAUGUGAGUAGGAAUAAUAGCUGAAGACAGAAGCAAACUGAGUUUCAAACAAAGCUGUGUUUAAGCACAAAUUCUCCAUUAUCUUAGAUUCUGAUUUUUCUUGGAGAGGUCAAGGUGGCUAGAACUCAAUCAAUGUGGGUACUGUUUAAGGAGAUAAAUUUCUUGUUAGGUUGGAAGCUUAAAGUCAAUGUCUCCUCUACUGUAGUUGCUAGCCUUCUCUCUCAAAUUGUUUUAUGGAUUCAGAAAAACAUAAGCUCUGGAAAUGGCCACUUAUACUCCAUUAAAGCCCCUCUGGGCUAAGGAGAAUAAUUGCCUUUUGGGCAAGAUUCAACCCUGUGGACCAGGAUAUUGCAGGGGAUGAGGGCAGGGAGUCAGAAUUUAGGCUGGAGUUCAGUGUUUUCUCACUUUCUAAAUCCUUAAUUCUUGGACAGGGACAAAUCUGCAUAACCACCAUGUCUGCUGGACCUCACACAUCAAACAUGGGAGCUUCAUUAAUCCACCCCACCCCCAUCCUGACCAGGUACUUACUUAGGGCAAUAUCUUUUCAAAAGGUGGUCCUAGGAAUCAGUAUCACUUGCAGAGCUUGUUAAUAUGCAUAUUUCUAAGCCUCACCCUUGACCAACUGAUUCUGAAUUUCAGGAAUCUGUUUAAAAAAAAAAUGUUCUAGGUGCUUCUGAUGUAUGUCUUGUACCUACUCUUCUUUGCAGUUUCUUAAACACCAUCUGACCUAUUUCUGUUAUAAUCUCAACAUCAGUAUACAGUCUGAGGCUCAUACUAGGUAUUGAAUACAAGCUUGUUGAACAAGCAAAAAGCAAAAAAAAGGAAACUAGUAGCUAUUAUAAAUAAGGCCAAAUCCAAGGGUUGAAUCAUGUUUAGAAUUAUAUGAAAAAAAUAAUGCAGUACCCUUCUAUCUAAUGAUUUUACCUUAAAUGAGAAAUCCUAGCUUCAUGAGAACUGAAGCAUGUUAAGUCCUUUUAAAUGAGUAUAAAUAUCACUGAAUUACUUACUUGCAAUAAUUCCUCAAUUCCCGUAUUUUUAAGUGUUAAAAUUAGUCAUCAAAGAAAAUGUUUAUGUACUUAAAUAUAAUUUUUCCCAUGGGACAGAAAAAAAUUUUUUUCCAUGAAACACCUCUUGGAAAUUAUCAAGGGAAUAAUUAGCCGGACACACAUAUACUUUUUCAAUUAUUUAUGGCAAAUUUAAUGUCUUGUUACUUGUCGCAAGUGGUGAUUAACUCCAUGAAGAAAUGACAACUUCCUAGGAGACGUGACUAUGUUAUCACGUGACUUGACUAUCCUAGUUGGAUUGGUGUGUUUCUUUAGUAAAAAUUUGCUCACUUAUUUCUGACACUGCCUAUCAGGUAACUUCUAGAUAUUUAAGUAUAUAAACUGAUACUAAAUGAGAAUGGUUUAUUUCCAUCCAAUGAAGAAAGAGUAAUUUUAAUUUUUAAGGUGUAAAACAAGUAGCUACAUUUUAUCUUACCCAGAGGAAUACAUGUUAAGUCAUAUUAAAUAUUUCAUCCUGGUGGGUUUAUUUCUAGUAUUGUUCCAUAAGGCAAUAUUUUCCUCUGCAAGCUAACUUUCCCACCUUCCUUAUAUAUUUAUUAAGUGAAUUAUUUCUGUCAUUCGUAUCCCUAUACAUAUCUUUACUACUGGGAAAAGAAGGGAGGCAGGUACUGCCUGAUGAUAAAGACCCCUAGAUUUAUUGUUUCUUUGGACAGUUUCUUCACUUUAUCACUUUGCCCUUUGUGGUCUACCUUUAGUGUUCAGAUAAUGCCAGUGUGUUUUAUAAGAUUUGUCCCAGUAAAAGUUGAAGCAACAUAUACACAUAUGGAUUUGUUGGUGUCCCUAAGGCUGUCACAUGUCUUUGAAAAGCGUGGGCUAAAGGAGGAACAUAUGCAUAUACAUCUAAUAACUGAUACAUUGGCUGUUGCAAAAAGGGUUAAGAAAAUGCUUUCCCAAACAAGACAUCUUUGUGGAACAUUUAAAUAAAUUUUAAAGUAAAUGUAUUUUAGAAACUAAACUAUAAACAAAACAGAUUUUUCCUAUACCAUGCAUUCAGGAUAAAUAAUUCAGGAGUCGAUUUUAUUAAGUUUUGGUCUUGUAGUACAAUAUUGAAUGGCUUUUGUGAUUCUGUACCCAGCCUUGUCAAAAUUAAUUGUAUAAAGAUCUCUACUUCUAAACAAGAUGGAGUGACAGAGAUCAAUUUAACUCCAUUCUUCAUUCAAUGCACAAAAUAUACCUGAGUAAAGAACCACCUAAAAGGAUUAGAGGUAACAGUGUCAGCUCACACAGUUAGGAAUAACGCCUAUUCCCACCAGCACGACUGGUCAUCCUCAUUAUUCACAGUGAAUUGGGUAGAAUACACAGAAAGAUCUUGCUCUUAUUGUAGGGAAAAAUUAGUGCCACAUGGAGCACUGUCGUGAACCCAUCUCACAAUCUUAAAAUCAAGAUUCAAAAGGAUCAAAUUAUUUUCAAGUAACUAAAUCACAAUGAGAGGUCUCUACACAUCUAUUAGAAUAGUUAGAAAGACUGACCAUCCUGAGGAUUAGUGACUUUAUGGAAAACUGGAACUCUGACACCCUCAUGCUAAUGGGAAUAGUAAAAUGGUAUAAACACUUGGGAAAACAGCUGGGCAGUUUCUUAGAAGGUUAAGAUCCACCACAUAAUCUGGCCAUUUUACUCCUAUGUAUUUACCCCAGAAAAAUAAGUACUUUUUUAUACAAAGAUUUGUAGAUAAAUACUCAUAAAAGCUUUAUUUAAAAUGAUAACAACUCAAAAUAACCCCAAAAUCCAUUAUUAGAUAAAUGGAUAAAAAUACUUUGGCAUAGCCAUAUAAGGCAAUACUACUCAGCAGUAAAGAUAAAAUCUACUGAUAAAUGUUACAACAUGGAUGAAUCUCAAUAUAAUUAUGCUGUGUGAAAAAAGCCACAAAAAAUCACACACUGUAUGAUUCCAUUUACAUAAGAAUCUAAAAAAUACAACCUUAUCUAUAAUGAUAGAAAGCAGUCUGUUACUCAAGCACAAGGCUGGGUCUGGGGAAGGUUAGAGAGCAGGGAUUGCAGGAGGGCAUAGGGAAACUUCUGGAAGUGAUGGAUACAUACAUUAUCAUGAUUGUGGUGACGAUUUCACAGAACCAUACAUAUCAAAAUGUAUCAGUUUAAACACCUCAAAUAUAUACAUUUUAUAUGUUAAUUAUACUUUAAUAAAACCAUUUUACAAAUAAACAAAAAUUGUAAAAUUCAAUUUUUCAAACUUGUGUACACACUGGAAUCACCUGGGAAGUUUAAAAAAUACACGGAUGGCUGCAUUCCAAACUCAAAAAUUCUGUUUUAAUUGUUGUGGGGUAUAGCUGGGACUUCAGGAGUUGAAAAAAACCCUUCAGGUGAUUCUAAUAGGUAGCAAUUUGAAUUUUGGUAUGUUAUUUCAUCAUCUCUGUAAAAUUUGAAUUAUCUUAAUUUUAUAAGUCUUCAUGGAAUAUGCAAAUUUAAUCAUUAGCAUCUGACUUAAUCAUCUAGGUUUCAUUCCAAGUGGAAGUUUAUGUUUAUGAUGGAAAUAAUCAGUUAUAAAAACAAAGGAAAGCGAAGAUAUUCAAAUACACAUAUAUUUGUUUGUAACUGCCACAAAAUGAUAUUUUGUUCAGUUGUCAAUGAUAUUGAUUGUUGAAACUCUUGGAGACAUAGAAAUUUAGUGAAAAACAAUAUCCAGGAGGACUUCUUACUACUGUCUCCUUAGAAAACUUAGAGCUCAUGGAGCAGAAUGUGUGGGUUCACACUCACCUUGGCAUAGAUGCAACUGUCAUUGAGUCUCUGCAGUGAGCAGUUCUUGUCACAGAGAGGGCACAUGAAGACUUCAGUGGCCAUGCAAAUUUCUUGGCUUGGGAAUUCAAAGAAGAAAAAGCAAGUAUGAGCCUCCACGUUUAGAAAGGUGCUUACCCCCAUAUGGCCAACACUGAGGAGUAUUGGCAAGGCAAGAGGAAAAGAACAAAUGUAAACAGUGGGGAGUGGUGGACAGGUGAGGAAGAAAUAAGGACUCCAACUCAAAUUUGUAGGAUAUUUGUACACAGAGAUUAUUGUUUGCCUCUUUGUUUUUAGAAACUCUGCCAAGAUAUUGUAAUAAUUAUAGCCCAUAUUUUAAACUUGUGAGACACUUAAGGGGCUUUGUUACAAAGCCACUUUUACACAUGAUUUCUUGGCAUGCAGAAUAAUCUUGUGAGGAACACCCAAGGGGGUUUUAACCAAGCUCUCAGCCUUGCAAGUGGCUGAGCUGGAAUCAAAUCUGACUAUUCUGAUUUCUCAAGUCCAUUGAUCUUUUCCUGGGAUCUUGCUGCCUUAGAAUCACCAAAAUGAAUAGCAUUUUCGUAACUCAUACAGCUUCAAAACCCCAAUGCAGUCAAUCAGUGCAGUAUGUUCUUUGGAAAUGCAAGGGAAUUGAUUUUUAUUUUCAGUGCCUUGACACACACUGUCCUAAUGACAUGACAUAGUUUUUAUUUACUGAAAUAUAUUCUGUAUUAAAAUAUAACUAUGUGAUAUUUGUCUUCAGUUUUAAAAAAUCUCAGCAUAUAUUACAGCUGACUCUUUGACAAGAGUAGGGCACCAUUAACAAUUUCCCAAAAGUCUUCCAGCCUGAGAAUUCAUAGCAACCUAUUUUUAAUGUUUUAUGCCUUUAUCUGUCAGAUGUGGCCCUUCCCCAUUUAGUAUCCCUGAAUAAAUUGUCUUUAAGUAAAUCUGCUCUGGAAAAGUUGAAAGUAGUUUAAAGGCUUUUGAAACUAUGUAUAGAAAUGCAACUGUUAAUAAAAAUUUAAUGGGUGUAUUUAUAGUAAAAUGUGCUAUUUCAAAAAUGUAUACUCUAAAAUGAAGCAAAAGAGAAUGCAUGUGUAUUUCAAAUACUGUUUGCAAUCUCAAGCCUAAGUGGGAAUAAAUAGUAAAUAAUAAUAUGAUGUAGUAAUACAGUGCUUUACAGUGGGUGAAGAUGGGUUCAUGUCCAUUAAGUUUAGUACUCACUGCAAUCUCAUGCAAUAGGAAUUAUCUCUACAAUUGAGAGCAAAGUAAUGUUUAAGUGAUUCACUCAAGGACACACAGCUAACAAGAGGUGUUUCAGGGAACUGAGUUUAGAUUUUUCUGAUUUUAGCUCUAGUUUUCCACCAACUAUAACAUAUCUAAAAGAGGGAUGU